AUGUCUGAACAUAAUGCGAGUGUUUCAAAUUCACCAUCACAUUCUCAACGUUCUUCAAGAGAAGUAUCACCUGUAAAUUAUCCACUCCUUUUGUUUCAACAAGCACAAGUUCGCGAAAUAAAGAAGAGAAAAUUUAUCAAAUGGAUUAUUGCAAUUUUAUUAAUAUUCCUAUCAUUUGUUUUAACUCAAGUUAAUAUAAAUUACUGUACAGGUCCUUAUUCUGCUGUUUGCACUCCAUGUCCAAAACACGGAAAAUGUACGCGCAAAGAGUUCGAAUGCAAAGAACCAUAUAAGAAAAUUUCAAAAGGGUGUUAUAAUACAACAUCAACAGUUGAUACAAUUCGUGAAUUAAGUAUAGAUGUUGAAAAUGUAAUUUUAAAUAAGCAAAUCUGGUCACUUUCAAAGUUGAAAAAGCAAUUUCCAAACCAUUCAUACCAAGAUCUGAAAGCAGCUAUUAAAUUUAAUAACAGAUUUACGAUAAUGUUACGUUAUAUUUUCCCUCUUGUUCAAUUACCAAGGGAAUUAACUUACUUCCUCGUAGGAAUUUUGAUCCCUACGUUUAUAUUCUUAUUUUUCUUUUAUUAUUUCUGA